CGAAGCGGCGGCUCCGGCCGGGUGUGCGGGUGAGGGGGGAGCGGCGGCGGCACCGCGACCGCGCGGCCGAGAUGCCGCUCUUCGCCCCCAACCCCUUCGAGCAGGACGUGGAGAAAGCCACAAAUGAAUACAACACCAGUGAGGACUGGGGGCUUAUCAUGGAUAUUUGUGACCGAGUUGGAAGCACCCCCAAUGGAGCCAGGGAUUGCCUUAAAGCCAUCAUGAAGAGAAUGAAUCACAAAGUUCCCCACGUGGCUUUGCAAGCUCUCACACUUUUAGGAGCCUGUGUCUCAAACUGUGGGAAAAUCUUCCACUUGGAGGUGUGUUCCCGGGAUUUUGCCACCGAAGCUCGAGCUAUAAUAAACAAGGCUCACCCAAAAGUGUGUGAGAAGCUGAAAACCCUCAUGGUGGAGUGGUCAGAAGAAUUCCAGAAAGAUCCACAGUGUAGCUUAAUAUCUGCAACCAUCAAAUCCCUGAAGGAAGAGGGGGUGACUUUUCCUGCAGCAGGGUCCCAGGCUUCCAGCAGUGCUGCUAGGAACGGCUCCUCAUCCAGUAAAUCCAAAGAAGAGGAGGAUAUAGCUAAAGCUAUCGAACUGUCCUUGCAAGAGCAGAAGCAGCAGCAAAUGGAGACCAAAUCCUUGUACCCGUCUGCAGAAACGCCUCCAAACCCCCAGAGCCUGAGGAAGGUGCGAGCUCUCUAUGACUUUGAAGCUGUGGAGGACAAUGAGCUCACCUUUAAAAGUGGAGAAAUUAUUUUUGUUUUGGAUGACAGUGAUGCCAAUUGGUGGAAAGGGGAGAACCACAGAGGCGUGGGGCUGUUCCCGUCCAAUUUCGUCACCGCUGACCUGACGGUGGAGCCCGAGGCUGCAGCUGUGGAUAAAAUCUCUGUUCCUGAGGACGCUGCAGAAGAAAUUAAGAAAGCAGAACCCGAGCCAGUUUAUAUUGAUGAGGACAAGAUGGAUAAAACACUGCAGGUACUUCAGAGCAUAGAUCCCACGGAUUUAAAGCUUGAUUCUCCAGAUCUCCUCGACUCAGAAGAUAUCUGCCAGCAGAUGGGUCCAAUGAUAGAUGAAAAACUAGAAGAGAUAGAUAGGAAACAUUCCGAAUUAUCCGAACUGAACGUGAAGGUUCUGGAAGCUCUGGAGCUCUACAACAAACUGAUGAAUGAGAGCCCCAUGUACUCAGCCUACUCCAAACUCCAGCACCCUGCACAAUUCCCAGCCACCUCCUCUGGAGUGCAGUCGUACCCUGUGCAGCCUUCCAGUGGGAAUUACAUGAUGCAGGGAGUGUCCAUGUCCCCAGGGUACAGCCUGGAGCAGGUGAGCCAGGUGAGGUCUCUGCCUCAGAGCAUCAACUCUGCAGCCACUCAGCCACCUCCAGCUGCUUAUUUAAGCCCCGACCCCGCGCUGCCGCAGCCCUUCCCGAGCGUCCCCGGCGCCGCCGCCGCCUUCCCCCAGCACCAGAUGGGCCUGGCCGUGGACGUGGCGGCGUUCCAGAGCAACCAAGGAGCCGGCUAUCCCGUGGCGCUUCCCGCUCACUCCCUGCUCCAGCAGCAGCCCAGUUUCCAUCAGCAGCCCCUGCUUUGAAGGGCCGCCCUGGAGGGACGGCGAGGCGGCCAUCCCCGGGAGUCCCCGCCGCGGAGGUCCAACGCCCGCGUUCCUCUCCGAUAACCCGACUCGCUGCCUUAGGGUGACGCAGAGUGAAAACAGGCACCAGCUCUGAUGGUGAUUUGCAUUUUUUGCAUCCUGAACUAGUUUAGGGGAAGGUUUAAAAUAAUUCCCCGUUCCUCCGAGUCCCCUUUUUUUUGUUUGUUUGUUUGUUUUCCCCUUCCUUCCCUGCGCUUUCAGGAAACGCCACAUGCGAAUCUUUGAAAGAUGGUGGUCCCCAAAUAAUUCUCUUUUCAAUGUGUUUCUGGAAGCUUGAGGAUGCUGAGAUGUGCUGUUGCUUUGCCUCCUCUGGUGUCUUCUGUAAUCCUUCUGUCCCAGUGGCUUUAGGGAAUCUCUGCAGCUGGGAGCGCAGUUCCUGAAGGAUGCGCUGUGCAAUCCGAGGCAUCCCUGGCUCCGGCUGGAAGAGGAAACUCUGCCACUCAGGACCACGUCCCUGUGGAAACAGGAGAAAAAGAGGGUUUUAGCAGUGCUGCAUCUGUAUUUUCUGCUGUGUUUUUCUUGAGGAAAACCGAGUUUUCCUCGAAUUCCCUGGUGUCUUGGCAGGGGUGGCACUGCCAGCUCCAGGCUCCUUGGGAAGAGCGGGCAGGGGAUGCUCCCAGCUGCCUGUGUGGGCACUCCAGGAGCCAGGAACAUGCACAGAACCUCCCUUCAGUUUUCCUUUCUGCAUGGAUGUAGAAGUGAAGGAGCUUUGUCAUUCCUUGUGGGAAAGGAGGGGGCUGGAGAAAGUUGGAAGCUGCUGAGGACUCUUUUGAGGAUCUGUUCCCUUUCCCAAGGGGGAGCUGAGCGGAACAGGAAUCGUCUCGAUGGGACCAGGGAUGCUGCCUCUCUUGGAUUCCCUCUCUGUGCCACUGUGCCCGUGUCUCAACAAGCUCCUCCAGCUCUUGGGGAGGGGGGAUUGGAGCACAUCCCCCGUGCUGGAGGGUGGGAUUGGGCUCUGUGCACGUGGGACCCCGGAGCCGUGUCCCUGGAGGAGGGAUUGCCUCGCCGCUGGGCACUCGGCGAGGAAAGAAAUCCGAGAAUUUCUUCCCUGAUGCACUUUUAAAGGGUGGGGUUUGUCCAAGGGAGCAGAGGAGCUGGAUUAUCCUUUGGGAAAGUGGGAUUUCUUACUUUUUCUUGUUUCAACUGCUGGGGGAAAAAAAAAAAAAAAUCACUUCAUCCUCCUGUUUACCUCCUUAGUGGAGCAUGGUCACAUUUAUCCUGCUUUGAACCUCCUCUGGUGAGUGAUAAUCCUUGGUUUGGGAAAAUAAAAGAAGCAAAUGACUGAUAAGAACAUCUCAAUUAAAUGCAGGAGGCUCCCAGAUGUCUAAAUAAGCGUUUUUUGAUGUAUAAAUUUCAUCCCAGAUUGGAACUCCCAGGCUGCCGAGUGACAAAACCCACCCUUCACUCAGCACCUCCUCCAUUUAUUUUCCCUUCUGUUUAAUUCUUUGCUGUCAUGACCUUUACAUUUGCAGCCUCAUGCUCGUGCAAAAAGUGUUCAGCACCUGCUGUUUGAAUCACUUUUUAUUUAAAUGUUGUGCAAUUGGAAGGAGGGUUUUGUCUUUCCUUUGGACAUGAUUUUGUCUCGAUCCUUCCCCUGGAAUUAGCUCAGUACAAAUGACACACGUGGCAAUACUGAAGUGUUUUGAUAACUUGUUCCUUGUGUCUUUUGAGGAAACAAACUUAUUUCAAUGCUGCUGUUCUAAAUUCUUACUGUUUGGAGCUUUUAUUUGUCAGAGUUUACUUCGUCCCAGGUCGGUUUGGGGUCGAACUAAACCUUGCUCUCGUUGCUGUGACUUCUCCAUGUUUGUUAGGAAAUUUAAAUCUGUUGGGAAAUUUAAAUUGGUGGUGGUUUUUUUUGGAUUCUGAGCUUUGGGCCAAGAGAAAUCUCCAAUUGAGCCAGCCAGUUGUGAUUUGAUGAUGUUAAUUGUUAAGUAUAAAUAUGUAUAUACUCAUUUGUCUGAGAUUUUCUACACAGCUCCACACAUGCCUGAACUUUUAUAAAAGCAGGAUUUGUCCUUCUGUCACCUCUUCUACUCCUAACUCCGUGAUAUGCAACUUGUAGAUAGUGUAAAAUAAUUUAAUUAUUAUUAAACCAGUGUAUCUAGAGGGGGUUGGUGUUUCUCUUCGUACUUCUAGACAUGAUCGUAUUUAUUUUUCAGGCCUGAUUGUAACUGAACAUGCUGCCAAAGGAUUUCUCUAACUCCAGAUUUCUACCUUUCUGCUGUUUUCUAUCAGGAAUUCAGGGGGGAGAACUCCUGCUUUUUUUCAUAUAAACCCUUCACACAGGAACCUGGGCGACUUUCUAAUGAGACUUUUCACGUGAUCUCUUUGUUUUCCUGGGUGUUAAAUAUCACUCUGAGAUCCAUUUCCUUCCUGGUGAGCUGGGGACCAGUUGUGUCUGUUCAAUUUGUCACCCCAGAAUGGUCUGAGGGCUUGUGCUCUGUCACCCGAUGUCACCCACGCUUUUGUCUCUCCAGCUGGCUCCAGAAAUAAUGUUAAAAAUCAGAUUAUUGGAACCUUCCAA